AUGAAGUUCAAUUCAAAUUUACCUUUGUUUUUGGUGGUGUUUUCGGUUUUUGUAGCCUCGACCUUGGCCUUUGUUCCUAACCAGGAUGACGUGCAGCACGAGCUGCAGCAAUGCAUCCAACGCUGCCAAAGGGAGCAAGGCCAAAUGGGGCAGAUAAAGUGUAUUCAUGAGUGUGCGGAGGAGAUUGCAGAAGAACAUAGAGGAGGGAGUAGGCAGUAUAACCCAAUAGGUGAGCUGCAGGAAUGCAUCCAGAGGCGCUGUGAGAGUCAAGGCGGACAGCAACAGAUGGUAAAGUGUGUUGCUGAGUGCGUGCGUGAGCAGACAACAGGAGGGAGAUGGGAAAGUGAGGAGUGGAUUGAGGAAGUGAUCCGUCGUGACCCACAACAGCAGUAUGAGGAGUGUCGGAGUGAGUGUGAAAGGCAAGGCAGGCGCAGUCAGAGCCAGAAAUGGCAGUGCCUGAAGAGAUGCCAGGAGAAGUACCAGGAAGGGGAACGUUAUGGAUAUGGACAGCAGGAGGAAGGUUCAGAAAGUUGGAACCAAGGUCAUAGACAUGAUGACCCUAGGGAGAGGUACUUUGAGUGCCAACAAAGAUGCCAAAGACAAGGAAGAGGGUAUGAAUGCCAAAAGAGAUGCCAACAAGAGAUGCAAGGGCAGAGAGAACAAGUGGGACGCUUCGACCCACAAGAGGAGUGCGAACGAAGGUGCCAAAGACAAGGAAGAGGGUAUGAAUGCAUAAGGAGUUGUCAACAAGAGAUGAGAGGUCAGAGAGGUCUUGUCGGACGCUUCGACCCACAGGAGGAGUGUGAACGAAGGUGCCAAAGACAAGGAAGAGGGUAUGAAUGCCAGAAGCGCUGCCAACAAGGGAUGAGAGAUCAAAUCGAACGCUUCGACCCACAGGAGGAAUGCCGACAGAGGUGCCAAAGACAAGGACGAGGGUAUGAAUGCCAGAAGAGCUGCGAACGAGAGAUGCAAGGACAGAGAGGCCAAGUCGGACGAUUUGACCCACUAGAGGAGUGCGAACAAAGGUGCCAAAGACAAGGAAGAGGGUAUGAAUGCCAGAGGAGCUGCCAACAAGAGAUACAAGGACAGAGAGGACAGAGAGGUCAGAGAGGCCAAGUUGAACGCUUCGACCCACAAGAACAGUGCAAACAAAGGUGCCAAAGACAAGGAAGAGGGUUUGAAUGCCAAAUGAGGUGCCAGAAAGAGUUCCAGGGGCAGAGAGACCAGCCAGGACGCUAUUCAGAUGAGGUAGAGAACCCCCAGCAGGAACCACUGAGACGCUUCCAGGAGUGUCAACAGAGGUGCCAGAUGAAGCAAGGGCAAAGAAUGGGAUGUGAAAGGAGGUGCAAAGAACAGCUCCAAAGGGAAACCAAAGCCGAAAUCUCUCCCCGUCACACUCUACUGGCUUCUUUCUUGGAGCUCACUGGGUUCUUCUAA